GCCGAACAGACGCUGCCAUAUUUAAAAUAAGGUUCGAAACAUGUUUAUAGACUGCUGAACCAACGAAUGAAACAAGUGAAGGACUCACGCCUUUUGCUGACGACCGCUUGCUCAGUUGUGGCUAUAAUAGAUUGGUGUUUAGAAAAGCAGUUUUGAGGAAAACGUUUAUGUAUUUUUGUUUAGGUUCAGUUUAACAGUCACCUUGCGUCACCAAACUGUUUUUUCGGCUCACCUGCAAGUAGAACAAGUGGAGACGCGAAUAUAACUGUCAUCCCGCCUGAACCAAACCGGAAUGGCGACUUCGGGAGCGAGUGUGAGAGCGAGUGAGAGGGGGAAGAAAGGUGGAGAGCCGACAGGUGGAUCUCGAAAACAGGACCCGAAUGAGUUUAUCUACUGUACUGAGGAGGAUGAUGCCCCUGCUGACCACCGUCUCUCUGUGUCUCUGCUUCCUCCACGUUUCAGGCGGAGGAUUUGUGGACGACCCUCCAAGUGGAUCCGUCCGUGCCCACUCUGAGCACGACACAGUGCUGCCCUGUCGCUACCAGACCACUGAUGUCAUAGUGCAGGUCACAUGGUAUAAGAUGAAACCUGACGCCACCAAGGAGCAGAUCAUCACUGCCCACCAUCUAAACGGACAGACAGCAUUUGGGACUUGGUUCCGCCGUGUACACUUCAAGAGCAGUGACCCCACAGCUGACUCCUCCCUAGUCAUCCGGAGCACGGAAAUCUCAGAUGAAGGUCAAUACAUCUGCCACAUCAGCACCUUCCCGUCUGGCAACUUCGACCGGGAGUUGUCCCUGAUUGUUUGGUCCAUCCCAAUCACCACUCUGGACUCAGAGGUUUUGGUGGAGGGACAGUCGUAUCGACAGGCUGCCGUCUGCCGCUCCAUGGCACGGCCGCCCGCUCUCCUGUCCUGGGACACGGAGCUGACGGGACAGUCGUCCAACCGCACGUCUGAGAACGGCGCCGUGUCCACUCAGUUCUCCCUUCACCCACUGCGGAGUAUGAAUGGCAUGAAGCUGGACUGUCUGGUGUCCCACCCCACCCUGGAGAAGCCCCGCCGGCUGCGGAACACCCUGGUGGUCCACUACCCUCCCCAUGCAGAGGUCACUGGCUUCAAUGCAGACUGGUACGUGGGUUUUGAGAACGCUGUCCUCCGGUGUAAGAGCAAAGGAAACCCCAACCCAAACACCUUCACCUGGAUCAGGAAAGGUGCUGCAUUGCCAGAGGGGGCAUUUCCUCACUCAAACGGAUCUUUAAUCUUCAGCCAACCCAUUAGCCUGGCUGACGCAGGAACGUACCAGUGUGCCGCCAAAAACGAAGUCGGGGUGGGGAAGGCAGAGAUUACAGUCACUGUGGCCGAAUCCCAAGUGUCUUACGAGAACAUGCUGAUGAUCAUCGUCAUCGCAGUGGCAGUCGGCCUGCUCAUCCUGAUGCUCAUCAUUGUCAUCAUUGUCUCAUGUCACCACAAGAGCAAGAACAAGAAGCUGGUGCGCGAGCUAACGGAGAAGAAGGAGGAGAUCAGCACACUCUCCAGACAAGCUUCUUUCAGGAGGAUCAACUCUGUCAGCACAGACACCAGAGGAGCGACGGAGGAGAACAUCCCUCUGAGGGUGGAGGGCACGCUGAGGACCAGUCUCUCGUCACUGGGGGAGCAAGCCCACUACAGAGACAGUCGAUCUACCAUCUCAGGCGGGAGGGGAGGAGGUGGGGCGGCCUUGGACUAUCUAGGCCGACCGGUUCUGCACAACAACUCACGCAGGGGCAGAGACAGGUCUGUGGAUCGAGAGGAGGAGACCAGACUCAGGGUGGAGACCUUUGUGCGGAACAGCACAAUAUCUCUGCAGGAGACACGUCUCCAUCCUCCCCUCGUGCCGUCACCAUUCCCGGUGGUCCACUCCACAGAGAUUGUCCGGCAGUUAAACGGCAGCGCCAUCGUCCCGUCUGACGGCAGCUCGCGGACAGGAAGUGUCAGCAAGAAUCACCAUCCUUCACCGGUCAGCUCCAGCUACCCACCUGUGACAGACGACGAGGACGAGGUGGACGAAGGUCUCGGUGGUCCGGCGAGUCAGGAGCAUCCUGACGACAGGGACAGUGAAACCAACAGCUCCCAGGUGUCUGAAGCGCACAGCGCACGCUAUCACCAGACUAACGGUACCAUUAGACCCAAACCCAGCACGCAGGCAGUGAGCCCACACGCUUCCUUCAUCCACAAAGCUCAGAUUGUUUAGAGGGAGGAAGGAAAAGCAACACCGCCUCUCUUCUAUCUGUGGUUGCAAAAAACUUCAAAUCACGCACACUAGAUCAAGAUAUGGGCACCUGUGCUACACCUGCGUCUGCAUCAGUGCAGUGGGUCUACAGCAAAGGACUACAACCAGUUGGACCAGCUCGCCUUGAGGCACCUGCCCGCAAACGCUGGCUCAUCUUUACUGGACGACCCCUUUGUAUUUUGUCUGUCAGGCAAAUACUGACAGUUCCUGGUGCGAGAGUUGAAGCAUUGACGGACCUGAGCCACAGGAAUAUUGGACUUCAGAAACUUUGUCCUUCAGCAGUGAUCAGCCGAUUCGCUCGCAUGUGUUCAGAUCCUUGCACAACAUAGUUUUGGGAUCUGAUCCAAGAGAAUUGUUCUUCUGCCACACCUGCAUACCUUCAUCUUAAUGUCGUCGAGCCUUCGCCUGCAGCGGAGCGACAGUUGUGAUCAGAAAAAGACUCGCAGAGACACAGCACAACUGUGGCAACCUGAUUAAAAGCCCUUUAAUCCCCCUUUUUUUAAACAAACAAACUUUUGUUUAUGUAUCCUACAACACAACAGAAAUAUAUUUUUGAUAUCAGACUGAGGGAACGACCAAAUGGGCGACUUGGAUCCCUGCAAGUCUACUACUUCAAGACUACUACAGCGAACACACAAUACACCAUUUUGGUUAAUGACAAUUUUGUGACUAUUUUUCCUUCUCACAUUUCUAUUGUGUUUCAGUUCUGUCUGCCACUACUUUUAGUUUAACAUCCAGAGUAAAAUGCAUGAAGACCGCUAAAUACCUUACUCAGAUUGAGGUCAUAUGGAUGUGAAUAGAGUGUUGACUAUUUCCUGAUCGAGGCAGGUAAUGCUGUGGUUAAAGCGUAUCGUACACCAAAGGCAUUAAUGUUUGUUUGUUUUUUUUUUAAUCAAAAUACCGCAAAGCUUGGUAUAGUUGCCCACAUACACUUUUAACUUUGUCAUUGUCAUGAGAUGGCCAACAAUCUAUUUGAUUUUGUGUCAAGAGUAUGGCCAUAGAAUAUGUUUAAUUUAGCAGACUGUUUGGGAUUCAUGUGGCCUGUCAGCGGAUUCGAAUAUAUCAUUGUUCUCACUGUAUUUUGGAUCAUAUCUGUGGUAAAUGUCACGCUUCUUCGAUCUUGUGUUAAAAAGUGCCAAGAAAUCCAAAGUAUUUGCCAUUGUGGGCAAGUAUGAAGUAUUAUUUUAUAUCCUUUUCUUGAUGUUUUUCAUCCUGCUCUUUAAAAAAAGAUGCCUUUAUACUCUAUCUAGAUUCAACUGAGCAAUAGUCAGAGUGAGGUUCAUCACAUGCCAGGUGUAGGUGAGGGAGUGUAGAGAGUUGUUUACUCCAUGGAAGAAGGUGUGGGCUGAAAGGACCUUGAAUUAGUAAUGACGUCAAAACUGUCGAUUUCCACAACAACGCAGGUGAAUUUACUUCAGAAUUAAGAAAAACGGUACAGUAGAGAAGAUAACAAUUUUGUUCUUUGUUCACGUUUAAUAAAGCGAAAGUACAUGACGAAUCAGUUACACAAGCCACAGAUGUCUCCUGUAUAUAUUUAAAAUGUUCGGAAUGUGCGAAAACACACAAAAUGUACUCGUGUAUAUUUUGCAUGUCUCUGGUGACAGGUUAACCACGAAGCAGGUCUGUAAAUGCUACAGAGAGCGACCUCUUGUGUUCAUGACUGGCAAGUUCAGGGAUUAGAAAGAACCAACAGCUUCAGCGCGGGGUCGUCACAACGUCGCUGUUUUGGGGUAUUAUA